AUGAAGAGAUACGUCGAUGAAGUGAUUUCGUCGCCCAUCAAGCAAAUGCUCUUCAUCAGCGGCUGUUCGAAGCUAGCCGAACCGAUGGUAGUGGUGCAGUCCCCGGCCAUUUCGAACAAAGAAAAGCACCCUUACACAUUUCGAAACGAUAUUAGUGAUGGAGCUGCGAUGGAGCCGAAAGUAGCACUAAUGAAACAUUACAAGUGGAAAAAAGUAGCCUUCAUUGCUGAACUCGUACCAAUUUUCACAUUGGCUCUGCGGACGAUGGCUAACCUUAUGGAAGAGGAAGGUGGCUUCGAUAUAUUAGCUUGGGAGACGUUCGAAUCCGAUCCAACGUUUGCUGUCCAAUUACUGAAGAAAGUCGACGCUAGGAUCAUUGUAGCGCACUGCUAUCAAGAGACCGCGCGGAAGGUUUUCUGCGAAGCAUACAAGCUGGGUUUGUACGGACCCAAGUACGUCUGGUUUCUAGUCGGUUGGUAUAACAGUGAAUGGUGGAUGACUCCGGACUCUUCAAUCAACUGCACGAGCAGCCAGCUAGGUAGAGUCGCCGAGAACUAUAUUUCCACACAGGGUCUGGCCGUCGAUCCUAUUUCACAUCAAACGAUCAACGGAAUGACUGUGAAGGAGACUAUUGCGGCUUAUGACGAGUAUGUCAACUACAAUGACACGUUAGGAGCGAAAGGUGACUGGCCGCUCACGUACGACAGCAUGUGGGCAAUGGCGAUUGCAUUCCACAACACCAGUCAAUAUCUGAAGCGGCAAAAUUCUAGCAAAGGAAUUGAAAGCUUCACGUACGAAAGUGCAGAUCUACGCCAGCUCUAUAUGCACUAUUUGGGCAAUAUUUCCUUUAACGGUGUUUCGGCUAUACCGUCUAUAAGAAUCAUGGUCUGUGAUCCACAGUGA